AUGAAACGAAGUUUUCUUCUAUUUCUUUUAUCUUUGAAGUUCUGUCAGAACCAAUAUGUUACACCACAGUAUGCUGAAAUUCGAGCCGUAUCUGCAAUGUGCAGUAGUGAUGGAAUAACAGCUUCAAUUGACUUCGACAAACCAUUUACUGGGAAGAUCUAUUCAUUGAAUUACGCUGCUUCGAAUGAUUGUCUCUACUACAAUAAUAUCGAUCGGGAUACUGUACUUUUCUCGAUUCCAGCUCAACAAUGCGGAACGAAAUUGCAGAGAACAACAAGAAAUAUGAUCGAUCAGAUGGAAAAUAGAGUUUAUGUGCAGAUGGACAAAGACACGCAGACCUCGUCGGAUAAACAAUUCUCAUUUGUCUGCAGAUUAACUGACCCAUUGAAGACGGUUGCAAAAGAUGAUGGAAUUGGAACAAUAGACUCUUAUCAACAACAACCGAUUCGUCCAGUUGCAAGCAGUGUCAGCACAAAAAUGCAUUCAAGUCUCAUGCCAAUUAAACCGUCUGAAGUUCGCCAAGUAGCUGCUUUCUCCCGAGAUUCUCAUCUUGGUAACUGGCCGAUUCCUGGUGCGAAGCCAUAUGAACCAUCAAUGAAACCAGUCUCUACAUAUCCAAUGUCUCCAAUUUCUCCUGAUUUAUCUGCAAUCGCAACUGCAAAAGAUACAUCAGAAGGAUAUGUGACUCGUCCAAUCUCCACAAUUGGAAUACCUUCUAUUCCUCCACCAUUAUUCCCAAAUCUUCCCCAAAUACCUCAAAGAUCUCCUCCAGUUGUUGCACGUGUUUUCACCACGUCUACGUCAACUAUUCCUCCAAUUAUGUUCACUUUUCCAACAACAACAACUCCCCCGUUGCCGUUCCCAAUCAUUCCAAAUGUUCAUUUCAAACAAGGAGUUGGGGUUCCAUUUGCUCCUGGAAUAUUCCCUUCUACGAAAGUCGAUGCAUCUCAAUGGAAUGAUCCAAAUUCAUAUGCAACUCCACCAACUCUCUCGAACAACGUUGUGGAUGUGACAACACCGAAAACCUAUAGAGAGCAACCACCAACUGCGGAUGCUCCAUUUUCAUCAGACAAUUCGAACAGCAAGGAAAUUCAUGAAACAUCGACUAGUUCUGAGCCAAAACCGGAUACAAAACCAGAAAUAAAACAUAACAAACAAGCAGAUGAUGCAGGCCGACAAGCAAUUACUUCCGUACUCAAGACUACUCAAGAACAACAAAUUGAGCCAGAGGUCACAUUGGAAAUUCAGAGAGGAGAAGGUCCAUUCGCUCCUCCAGUGACCACUCCUAUCAAAAUUGGAGACAAUAUCUCGUUGGUCGUAAGAGCUAAAAGUUAUUUGAAUGAUUCUGAUCAAUACGAUAUGUUUGUUCAUUCUUGUUUUGCGACAGAUGGGAAAGGAGAUACUAAAGUGCAAAUGAUUGAUGAGAACGGAUGUGUAAUCCGUCGUGAGUUCGCUUCUCCUCUUCAUCGUGCCAAGGAUUCUGAAAACAUAAUGUUCUAUUAUCUGAUGAUCAAAGCAUUCAAAUUUCCUGGGCCCGAUGAUGUCUAUUUCUCGUGUACAAUCGAGUUCACUCCAAUGAUAAAAGCACCGAAUAUCUGCUCGAAACUUCGGAGAAGACGUGAAAUUCUAGAAGAAGGAAUGACGGAAAUGAGAUUAUUUGACAGUGUCAGUGUUGAAUUAGAUGAUGGAGAUACAAAUAUUCGGAAAGAUCAACUAUCAUCAUCAACUGAAGGAUGCGACAACGAGAAACAUCUCUAUAUUCUUGUUAUUUGUAUUCUUUUGGUACUUGUCACAUUAUCACUUGUUUCCAAUCUUUAUCAAUAUAUCAGAGAACAAUACAAACGAUAA